AUGGGGACAUCCUGGUACUUGAGCGCGGCGCCCGGGGACGUGAGCCUGGCAAAGGCCCUGUACAUUGGCCAUACGUGCGGCGGCGGCGCCACCAACACCACCACCGGGGCUCAAGAUGACGACGAGAGCGACGAGGUUGGUGGCCAGGAGCGCGCCGCCCAGGUUGGCGCACACCAGGUCGGCCUCGCGCUGGACAUCGGCGUGGUCGGCGCCCCGGAUCCGCAGCUGCGUGCGCGGGUGCCGGAUGAAGGAGUUGGCCGCGCCCGUCUCGGCCACUAUGUGGAGGACCAAUGGGAGCUUUGCGAGGAGUAG